AUGUUAUCCACCAAUCACAAUCUAAUUGUAGGGGCUCAAGCUUCUACAGUCAGAAAAAGGUAUUGUGAAAGGCAACGCGAGAUUGGUGCUGAGCGUUUGAUCAAUGACUACUUUAGUCCCAACCCGACAUAUGGACCAGAGGUCUUCCGACGCCGAUUUCGCAUGCACAAAUACGUAUUCCUUCGGAUUGUAGAAGCUAUUAUUGCUAAUGAUGAGUAUUUUCAAGAGAGACGCGAUGCUACAGGGAGACAAAGUUUGUCAUCGUUACAGAAAUGUACCCGAGCUCUGCGGGUGUUGGCGUAUGGGACAUCAUCCAAUGUCGUUGAUGAAUAUCUGCGGAUGAGUUCAACGGUGACGAGAGAUUCUCUAAUACAUUUCGUUGAAGGUGUUAUUUCAUGUUUUGGUGCCACAUAUCUUAGGAGACCUACUGAACAAGAUCAGGCUAGACUUCUAUAUGUAGCAGAUCAACGUGGUUUUCCAGGCAUGAUUGGGAGUAUAGACUGCAUGCAUUGGGAAUGGAAGAAUUGUCCUAACGCAUGGGCUGGACAAUAUACAGGGAGAAGUGACAAACCAAUGAUCAUUUUGGAAGUUGUUGCAUCAUACAACUUAUGGAUAUGUCAUGCAUUCUUUGGAACUCCAGAAAAGAUGUUGAGCGAGCAUUUGGAGUCCUACAAGCGCGUUUCGCAUUUUUGCGAAGGCCAUGCCUUGUCUGAGACAAGAUGUUGAUGGGAAAAAUUAUGAUUGCUUGUAUAAUCAUGCAUAUAUGAUAGUAGAAGAUGAACGUGAUACAUACACCUACAAGAGCACAAGAAGGAAAUGGUGAAGCUUUUUGCUACUCAACUCAACAGAUCGAGAGUUUGUUUACUUAUAUAACAAAUCGAGAUCAACUCCGCAAUAGAGAACCUCAUAUUGCCCUUCGAGAUGAUUUGAUUGAGCACAUUUGAGAAAAA